CACUACUGGUUCCCACCUCCAGGCCCUGCGAGUUGCUGUGCGGGAGGGAGAGAGACUCCCCAGGUCUAGACUCACAGUCCAAACAUUAUCGACCCACUGUCCUCCUCUCUGGUGGCCGACUCCCUUUGCUCCUCCCCGCGCAGAUUAAAUGAUGGCGCGGCGCGUCUGCGCGCCGCAGUUGACGGCAGCCGCGCCGGAGGGUUCAGACCAACAUCCUGACAGCCCGCACACAUCGAGAGGUUUUGUCGCUGUUGAGCGCCUCGCUGCCUCCCUCUGUCCACCCAAGAAGGCUCAGAUAUGAAGACCAUUCUUGCUGCGUACCCCGGCGUCCUCAAAGGCACCGGCUCUAGCAUCCUCUCUGCCCUGCAGGACCUGUCCGUGGCUUUUUGGCCCUGCAGAUACAAGAUGGAGAAACAUCUGCAGGUCAUCUCGGUGCUGCAGUGGGUCAUCAGCUUCCUGGCCAUGGGUGCUGCUUGCACUGUGCUACUGAUCUACAUGUUCUGCACUGACUGCUGGCUCAUUUCUGCCAUAUAUACCGCCUGGCUCAUCGUUGACUGGAACACCCCAAAAAGAGGUGGCAGGAGGUCCUCUUGGGUGAGAAACUGGACAGUGUGGACUUAUUUCCGAGACUACUUCCCAAUCAGGCUAAUUAAAACCCACAACCUGCUGCCCAGCCGGAACUACAUCUUCGGCUACCACCCACACGGCAUCUUCUGUUUCGGUGCCUUCUGCAACUUUGGGACGGAGGCAACAGGCUUCACCAAGAAGUUCCCGGGCAUCAAGCCCUCCCUGGCGACCCUGGCGGGAAACUUCCGCAUGCCUGUCCUUCGAGACUACUUGAUGUCUGGAGGUAUCUGUCCUGUGAACAAGAACUCCAUCGACUACCUGCUGUCGUGCAACGGGACCGGAAAUGCUGUGGUCAUCGUUGUGGGAGGAGCGUCAGAGUCUCUGCAGUGCGCGCCGGGUUUGAACACAGUCACCCUGAAGAACCGCAAAGGCUUUGUGAGGCUGGCCCUGCAGAGAGGAUCUGACCUGGUUCCAGUGUAUUCCUUUGGAGAGAACGAUGCCUAUAAGCAGGUGAUCUUUGAGGAGGGCACCUAUUGGCGGACUAUCCAAAAGAGGUUGCAGAAGAUCAUAGGCUUUGCCCCGUGCCUCUUCCAUGGAUGUGGCCUAUUCUUCGGCAACUCAUGGGGCAUUGUGCCUUAUGGCAACCCGAUCACCACCGUAGUUGGAGAGCCAAUCACAGUGCCAAAAAUUGAGGAUCCAACUGAGGAGAUGGUGGACCUGUACCACGCAAUGUACAUCAGGUCCCUGCAGGACCUUUUUGACCGGUACAAGACCCGCUUUGGCCUGAAAGAGAGCGACGUCCUGUACAUCCAGUGAACGCAACCGGGGCCCUGUUGACGCUCUGAACUUUUAACAGCAUCUACAGACCCCCGCACCCGCCCCCCCUGCCCCCUACCCUCCUCCCCACCCGCAUCCUAUCUGGAUGCUUGAUUUUGGAUUAUCUAUGUAAAUUCUGCAUAUGAGCCUGUUUGCCAUAAACCUUUGCUCUCUGCAUACUUACAUACAAACACACACACACACACACAUUGGCAUAGCUCCUUCUCAGGUAAUGGUAGGUUUGAAGAACCGUUAGCUUUCCUUGCCGCUGCAGUGGGGAUUGAACCGUUUUAGUUCUUUCACCAAAUCCCACGUCACAAAGCAAUGCCAUUUGUGCUUCCCGUGUCUCAUUGAAGGCAUUGGAUUCAGACUGUGUUUAUCAGUGCAGAGGGGGGAAAAGUUCCACUAGGUGAAGCGAGAAGGUAACACUGCAAGACAUUAGAGAAGUGCCAACGCUUUUGACUUUUACUCACGCAGCAGUAUAAUUCUCCCCAAGAUCCUUUAAUCCCUUUUAUAUACUAAAUGCACAAACAAUGCAAAUGGAAAGUACCACUUCAUUAUUGGGAUGAUAAGCCUAAAGUUUAAUUGAGCCAAAUAUCUAGGUUGUCCCCACACAGGCAUGUAUUUCUACUGUACAGAAGCCAAAACUGAAGGAAUUGUACAGAAUGGACAUCGAUAUAGAUAGAUACAUAUUUAUCUAUAUAGAUAUACAUAUAUAUUAGAUGAAUGCAAGAAUGCAUACAUAUUCAUAUGUGUGCCUGUGAUUGUAUAAUGCCAUAAAGUAUUCAUUUGUAUGCUGUAACAAUGCAGGAACAAGCCUUUUUUUCUGCCCUCCCUUCGAGGAUAUUUCUGAUGCACUUUUCGUAUUGCUGAUCACGUUCUGAGGUUUUUGUGCCUUUUUGUUUGUUUUUUUAAAUAUGAGAAAUUCUCCAAGAUGCUCCCAAUGCUGCUUGGCUUGAUUUCCCUUUCUGGUCCUAAAUGGUAUCCAGCUCUGGUCGGGUGUGUUUUGUCUCUGCAACAAAAACUGCACUGAUGUCUUCUAACUUCUGUAAGGCUGAAGAAGAUUUUUUGGGGAAAAUCCUAAAUGUUUGAGGAUUCUGGUGUACCGUGGAUGUGUUUAUAACUGUACAAUGGGUGUUAAUUAAAAAAAGCACGGGAUUAUACCUAUUACUGGUACAAUGUUAUGUUUCAAGGGUCCCACAAGUACUUUUGUGAAAUCUGGGUAUGUGGUUAUGGAACAAAUCCUGGGAAUUAUCAAAGGUAGUAAGCUUGUGAUUAUCCUGUGUUUUUCCUCUUGUGCCUUCUUACAGGCUGCAGUGUAAUCCAUGUGCAUUUUAUAAGAAAUACAUGGCGAGAGAGAUCGGUCAAUAUGAUGAAUGGCAUCUUCCGCCAAUAUUUAAAUAAAACUUUUUUUUUUU